AUGGCGUUCAACUUCAACUGGUCCCCUUUGAUGGCGGACGCGAGUUUUUACUCGCGCGCCCAAGAACUGCUCACUGCCGCGCUCAAUAAAUCCCCCAAACCCCCGAUCAUCGUCGAUGACAUUAUUGUCACCGAACUCAACCUGGGCUCGAUGCCCCCAGACCUGGAGAUUCUCGAGAUUGGUGACCUCGCCGAGGACCGCUUCCGUGGAAUUUUCAAGAUGUCCUAUUCUGGCGACGCCUUUUUGACCCUCAAGACUCGAGUCCAGGCAAAUCCUCUCAAUACAUAUCUUCUGACAAGGCCUGCUUUUGCAUCGCCCCAACCUCUCGCCGCUGCUACCCCGCUCACUAUUCCUCUACAAAUCACACUAUCCGAUUUCAAGUUGUCUGGCUUCGUGAUUCUUGUCUUCUCUAAGCAAAAGGGCAUUACCGUCGUCUUCCGCAAUGAUCCACUCGAGUCCCUCAAGGUGUCGUCGACAUUCGAUUCGAUCCCAUUCGUGCGCGACUUCCUCCAGAAAGAAAUCGAGGCCCAAUUACGGAUACUGUUUAUGGAUGAGCUACCUGCUAUCAUUCAUCGCUUGUCUCUCCGACUCUGGGUUCCGGAAUACCGUGCAGGCGACGAUGCGCAGAACGAGACGGACAACACGGAAGCGGUAUCAAGCGAGGGUCCUGGCCAGGAUCCUUUGGCUAGUCCCCCCCAAGAUCCCGUGGAUUCUCUCGGAAACGCUCUGAACGAGACAGAGAUUGCCUCUUUAUCGCUAGACUCCUCUGUCGAGACACAUUCGCUCUUCUCUCAGAAGAACCUUCUUCGUCUUGCCGCUCUGACGGAUUCGCAACGGACCCUGUCACUCUUCACGCCUUCCAUCAAUGAAGUCGUGUAUCGAGCAUGGACUUCUCCUUCUGACCCCAGCGAAUGCCCCUGCAGCGUUGUCUCUCCCUUGAGUCCCGCCCUUUCCCGAACACACUCUCAAGUCGGUAGCAUGUCGUCAUCAAUCCACGAAACCGCCAGCAACGCGUCUCUGCACAGCCGUCCUUCCGUGGGCGCCCAAUCGUUCAAUAGCUACGGCUUGACUCUGGGAGCUGGCCGACACUCGAAGGCUCAUUCUCGCAGGCGCAAGAGACGCGUUGUGGACAUGCGUCGCCCGAAGACAACCGAUGAUGCCAUGAGCGUGAGCGACGACAGCUCCAUGAGAGACUCUAGCAGCCCUCCUUCUAUCUACUCUGCUCCUCUGCCUAUCGUCAGCGAACAAGCGGAUGACCCGGUUACUCCCCCGCUGACUCCUAAGAUGGACUCUGUCCUGCCUCCGAUUCCUGAGCGUCACCGGGCGAGCCUCUGUCGACAGAAACAACGUCAGGGAGCCAAUGAGGCUGGAGACCUCUCAUACUCCGUUGAAACCAUCCGUGCUUCCAAAGCCGAGGAAGUUGAGACCACUCCGCGCCCGACCCUGCGCGGUAGUCAUCCCAAUGAGAAGACCGACGCUGGACCUUCCCGGCCACCACUUCCCGCUUCCAUUCUUCCAUUUAGCAAGGACGACAAGGUCGAAGAACCUGUUGAUAAUCUCUUAGUUGAGCGAUUGGCUGGUGAAAUCGCCCGCCGAAUACGCGAGGAGAAGAUGAUGACCGGCAAUGCUUGCAGUAACUUCUGGUCGCGUGCGCAGGAUGACACUCCUCCCCCAGCCUAUGGCCACUAA